CCGCACCUGGCGGGACGGGUACGCUGCGCGGCGUUCGCGAGCGAGGACGUCCCUCCAACACUGGAGGCGCCGCGGCGAGGUGCGGGCCUUCGUCCGCUUGCGGGAGCUCUCCCGGCAGCGCAGGCUCGCGUCGGUCGCGGCGGCGCGCCUUCAGAACGCGCGCCGCGUCCGCGGUUUCAACUCGUGGGCCGCGGCGCGCUCGGACGCCGCCGCCCGCCGGGCCAAGAUGCGCAUUGCUGUUGGCGUGCUCGGCGGCUCGAAGCAAAGCGUGGCCUUCCGGUCGUGGGCGGCCGCGGCCUUGCGACGCUCUGCUGGCAAGGCAACCCUCCUCCGCGGCGUUGCGGCCUUCCGCCACCGCACGGCGAGGCGGGGCUGGAGCUCCUGGGCGACGCGGGCGGCUGAGCGGCGCCGACGGCACGCCAUCAUGUCCGAUGCGGCGGUCGCGCUCCAGGGCUCUAGGGCGCGCAAGGCGCUCCGCACGUGGACGGCGGCGGUGGCGUUGCCCGAUUGCAUGCCAAAGGCGGUGUUGCGGUGGCGGCAGGGGGCGCUCAGCAAGGCGUUUCGUGCGUGGGGGGAGCUGUGGGUGCGCGCCAGCCUCCGGCGGCGCGCGCUGGCGGGCUGGCGGCACGGCGGGCUUCGGCGCGCGCUCGUGAGCUGGAUGCAUUGGCUCGCCGAGCGGCUCGAGCGGCGCGCCCGCGUCGAGGCGCUCCUCUCACGCAUGGCCAAUCGGCCUCUGCUCAAGGCGUGGAACCGGUGGAUCACCACCGCCGGCGGCUGGCUAGUUGUGGACGCGGCAGCCCAGCGGGCUGGGAGGGUGGCACGGCUGCAGCUCGCGCGCGCCUUUGACACGUGGUACGCCAGCCACGCCAGUGUGGCCAUGAUGCGACGCGCGCUCGCUCACUUGGCGCACCGCGGCCUGCUGGUCGGUAUGACCGCGCUGUGGGACUACGCCCAGUCACAGGAGCUCGCCGCGCGCGCUUUGCUUGGCUGGCGCUCCAACGGCCUCCAGCGCGGGAUGAAUCAGUGGGUGGCCCACACCGAGCAGCGCCUCGGCAUGCUCGCCGGCAUGGCCGAGGCCGUCGGCACUUUCCGCAACACGUCCCUCUCGCGGGCGUGGAACUCGUGGGUCGAUGCGCCGCCGCCGCUUCCGGUGCAGUCUGCGAAGCGCAUGCUGCACCGAGCUCUGUCGAGGGCGAUUGUCACUUGGAUGUCAGCGACCACCCGCCGGAUCAUCAUGCUCAACGCCUUCGGCGGACUCUGCAAGCGCGAGCAGCGGCGCGCUCUCAACGCGUGGGCUUCCUUCGUCGCUGAGCGGCGCGAGGCGCUCGCGCUGACGGAGCGAGCGCUGUGCCGGAUGGCUUCGCCGCUGCUCAAGCCCUUCAACGCGUGGGCUGCGGGGCUUGCGCUUCUCGGCCCGCUGCGCGCUGGACUCGCGCGCUUGGCCCGCCAGAUGGAGGCCAAGGCGUUGGGGCAGUGGAGCGCGCACGCGAGCCGCCGCCGCGACCUGCGGCGGCGGGCGGCGUCGCUGGUUCGGUGCGACGACGCGCACGCGCUGCGCCGGUGGCGCGCUGUGGCGAGCGCGCGGUCUGCAAGGUUGCGCCGACUCGAGGGCAAAGCACGCGCGGUGCUUGCGGGGCCCCUCUCCAAGGCGGUCAACACUUGGCGGCCUUUGGGGCGGAGGUACGCGAUUGCGCACCGCGCGCUAUCGGCCAUGUGCUUGCGCAGGCUCGGCGCGGGCUGGCGAGGGUGGCACGCGGCGUGUACCGUGGCGCGGGAGCGGCGGCAGCGCGCGCAGGUGGCGCUACGCAAAAUGUCUCCCCGCGGCCGCGCGCAAUCUAAGGCGGUCAACGCGUGGAAGGCGUCGGCCGGGUUUCGCCGCAGGCAGCGCGCGAGCCUUGCACGGCUGCGGCGGCAGCGCGAGACGCAUGCGGUGCACCGCUGGCGUGCGGUGAGUUGCGAGGCGGCGGCGCGACGGGAGCAGCUCGCGGUGGCUCUGCACAAGCUCUCGCCCGAGGGGAGGGCCAAGCGGUCCGCACUCGACCAGCUGCGUGCGUGCGUGGCGCGUGCCGAGCUGAUGCGAGGCGCAGUCGUCCGCCUUGCCAACCGGCGGCUCUCUGCUGGAUUCGAGUCGUGGCAAGGCACUACCGAGCAGAGCGCACACAUUCGCGCCCAGCUCCGCGCAGUCCUGCUGCGGCGGCUUGCCACCUCCUUCGCGGCGUGGGUGGAGGCUCCGCCGCAUCCGGCUCACAAGGUGAUCGCGCGCCUCGCCAACAAGCCGUGCUCGAGGGCCUUCAACACGUGGCUCAGCAGGUACCAAGGGGCCGUGUACGCCCGCCGCUCGCUCCGCCAUUUUGCGACUUGCAACGGCGUCCGCGCCCUCCGCUCAUGGCGCGAGUUCGCAGAGGGGCGCAGCCUGGCCGCAGCCUCCCUCCGCCGGCUCCACCACGCCGGGCUCUUGCGAGGGUGGAAUGGGUGGGUCGCCUAUGCCGAGGAGCGCUUUGACACGCUGUGCGCCAUGCAGGAAGCCGCAGGCUCCUUCCGGCACCAAGGCCUCUCCAAGGCGUGGAACGCGUGGCUCGCCCGGCUACAGCGCGCGGCAGACUCGCCACAGCGGCGCGCGAUCGCCCUCUUCGCCAGCAAGGCGGCUGCGAGCGGCUGGCGCUCUUGGCAGGAGUUUGCCCGGAUGACGCAGCUCCAGCGGCGCACCGCCUCGGCGCUCACUGGUCGGCGCCAGCGCGCCGGGCUGAGCAGCUGGCUUGAGUGGCUGGCAGAGAGGGCGGCGCGGCGCGAGAGGUCUUGCGCCGUGAUGGGUCGCAUGCGUUCCCCGGCAUCGCGCGCCUUCAACAGCUGGGCGAGUGAGCACGCCUUCGCCGGCAGCGUGCGAGGUGCCUUGCGUCGCCUCCGCCAUCGCGACCUCUCCCGAGCUUUCGAGGCUUGGCAGGCACGCGCUGGCGAGCAGAGGGUCGCCCGCCGUGGUGCUGCGACAUUUCUACACGUCUCGUCGGCACGCGCUUUCCGCGCGCUCAAGGCGUGCGCGGCACGGCGGGCAGAGGACAGGGAGCUGACGCGCCGUGCGCUGCUCAAGACGACGCCGCUCGGUGCUGCGUUCGCGGCGUGGACGCGUCACCUCGCCGCCAGCCAGCCGCUGCGGCGGGCGGCGACGCACUUUUUCAAGGCGAGCCGCCGCGCCCGCCACCGUUCCCGCGAAUCCGCCGCGCCCCGCCACCGCUCCCACGCCACCGCUCCCACGGAUGCGCUCCCCUUCAAUCUCUCCAAAACGUUCGUUUUCCUCUCCCGCCCGCAGGUGUCGCUGGUCCGCGCGCUCAACUCUUGGGAGGCGUGCCGCACGCAGCGGCGACUCAUGCGCCGCGCCGCCGGUUCUCUCUUCCAAAAGGAGGCCGCCGCAGCGCUGCGCACGUGGGCUGCCUCCAUCGCCGAGGCAGCAGCACGCCGCGAGCGGGCGCGCGCAGCUUUGUGCCGUAUGACUCCAGCGGGCCGCGCCAAGGCACGAGGGAUUGCGCGUUGGUCCGCAGCGGUCGCAGAGCGGCGUCUCCUCCGGCGCGGCGGUGCCGCGUUCCUCCACGCCGGUUCGCUGCGCGCCCUUAACCUCUGGCGCGGCCGCACCGUCGAGGCUCAAGUGCAGCGCACGGCGCUCGCCCGCGCGCUCAACCGCCACCUCCGCUUUGCGCUUCGCCGGUGGCGCGCCGCGUCGCAAAAGGGGCCCGUCGUUUCGCCGGCCACGAGGGCGGCGCGCCGGAUGCAGCAGACGGUGGUGGCACGCGCGUUCGACACGUGGUUCUCCAACCUCGCCCCCGCGCGGUUGGCCAAGCGUUCGCUCGCGCAUUUCGCGCAGGCGGUCCUCACGAUGAGGCAGCAGUGCCUCUCCCGCGCGAUGCGCACUUGGGCGAGCUCCCCUGCGCGAGGAAGCUCCAAGAUUGAGGCGGCGCUCGCCGGAAUGGCGGCACCGGGUCUGCGCCGCGCGCUCAACGCGUGGGCCGACCACUCAGAGACGAGACGGUUGGCUCGUCGCAUCGCGGCGCGCGCGUUACACGCCGGCAAGGCGCGCGCGCUCAACAGUUGGCUCGACCAUUUGCGACGAUUGGAGCCGUUGCGGCGCGCGGCGGCGCACUUCACUGGCCAGGGGACCGUGCGCGCAUGGAACGCGUGGGAGAACCGCAUCGCCGAGUUGCGGUUGCAGCGUCGUGCCGCCGCCGCGAUGGUGGGCUCUGGCCUCUACCGCGGCUUCUCUGGCUGGCGCGCGCGCAUCGCCGAGCGGGCGGAGGAGGCGGAGUGGCUCCGUGGUGUCGCGGUGCGCCUCACGUCGCGGCUGGCGCACGGGUGGGCCGCGUGGCUCGAGCAUUGCGAGCAGUGCGGGAUGGCGCGCCGAGCGCUCGCCGGUUUCUCGCGCGGCGCCGAGCGGCGCGGGCUCAACUCGUGGCGAGGCUACGUUGACGAGCUUGCGGCGAGGCGGGAGCUGCUACGAGUCGCGGCCGUCCGCUUCUCCUCCAAGCUGGACGACGCUUGGGCGGCGUGGAUCGACUUUGUGAGUGAGCGCGAGCUGAUGCAGCGCGCGGCGGCGCCAAUGCGCGCGGUCGGCCUCAAGCGCGCCCUCAACUGCUGGGCGGCCACCGUCGAGGAGCGGCUCGAGCGGCUCGACAGGGUCGCCUCCUUCCGGCGUAAUGUCCUCGACGGGAUGCGCGCGGCGCUCGGGCGGUGGAAGGAGCACCAGGCCGCUCUGCGGCCGGGGCGGCGCGCGCUCGCGCACCUCUCCAACCGUCGCACGUCCCAGGCAUGGUGCUCGUGGUGUGCUUUGCUCGUCGAGUUGGCUCGCAAGGAGGCGGCGCUGCUGUGCAUGCUGAACGCCGCGCUGCGGCGCGGCUUCAGAUCGUGGCGCGCUUUCCACGCGCAGCGGCAGCUGAUGCGCCGCGCCGCUUCGGGAUUGCGGCACCACAGUUUGCGCCGCUGCUUCAGCCGGUGGGAGGGCUCCGCCGAGGCGCGUGCCGAGAAGGCUCGGAUCAUGCGCGGCAAGCUCUCGAUCGCGUUUGGGAUGCGGCGGCAAGAGGCACGCCCGCGCCCACGCCGCACUGCUCAGCACGCCCGCGCGCUCAACUCGUGGAAGCACGCGAUGUACGAGCGCCGGCGCAUGUUGCGCGGCCUCGCGUCCUUCUUGCACGCCGAGACGGCCCGCGCAUGGCGUUGCUGGCUCGCCGCGCGCGCGCACGCUUCUGAAGCGCGCCGCCGGAUGACUCGUGUCCUGCUAGUGCGGCAGCGCCGUGCAUUCAACAAGCUGCGCGCGUGCGGCUGGACGACCGGCAGAGUCGCGGCUUCGGUGGCGCAUUGGCAGCGCCAGGCCGAGGCUGCCGCCCUCCAGGGUUGGCGCGGUUACGCUGAUCGCAUUUGGAGGGUCCACGCGGCGGAGAGCGCCUUGAUGGCGGCGGCUGUCUCCGCGCUUCGCAACCGCGAGGCACGCGCCGCCUACAAUUCGUGGCUGUGGUGGCUCGAGGCGCGCAAGGCUUCGGCCGAGAAGAUGCGCGCCGCCAUCGCCGCAAUGGUUGGCGUCAAGAUGCGGGCGGCGCUCAACUCCUGGUGCGCGGAGAAGGAGCGCACCGCGCCACUGCGCCGCGGCGCCGCCCGCUGGGCGAACCGGCCCGCGGCGCGCUGCUUCAUCAAAAUGCGCGAGUUCGGGCGCGAGCGGCAGCGGCUGCGAUCCCAAGUCCACCGGAUGCGGCACCAGCAGCUCGUCGGCUGCUUGCGCAAGUGGCGCGCCGGCAGCGAUGGCCGCCGCAGGCGUGCGGGCUGCGUGCGCGCGAUUCAGAACCCGCCCGUGCGGCGCGCCGUGAACACGUGGGUGGCGAUGGCUGCGCGGCGCCAGCGGCUCAAGGCGAUCAUGGGCACGCUCGUCGACCCGUCCAAGCGCCGCUCGCUCAAUCGGUGGAAGGCCGUCACACGGUUCAGACUAAGGCCGGGCUCUCCGCCGCCGACGCCGCGGGCUCCGAUGCGGCUAAUUCAAGCGAUGACGUGGCGGCAGGCUUGCACUUGGCUGCAAUCGAUCGGGUGCGACGUCUCGCGUUCGCCGCCGACGCUCCUCCGCGCGCUCAAGGAGGGGCUCGUCUACCAGCAGCUCGUGCGGACAAUCUCGCCAUACUACUUUAUGCGGCACAAGGUUUCGACGUCGCACGAGCGCGGCGCGGGUUCCGUCUUUGUCAUGGUGCAGCAGUUUUUCGACACCGAGGCCGUCAUUGCGGUGGUUGGCUGCCAGAAGCUCGACAUCAAGGCGCUUACCGCUGGGAAGGCGCGCGAGCACCUCGAUCUUGUGCAGACUUUCCGCACCGUCCACAAGGCGCGGCGCAGCGAGGCGCACCACGGUGGGUGGUAGAGACUGAACUGAACUCUCCGGAGAUGUGUUCCCACCCCUCCCCCUGUCACGUCUCACGUGUCUCAGUUUGGUGUUUGUUUGGGGGGAGGGGGGGGAUUGAAAGGGGGAGAUGAAAUGCGCAGUC